AAAUGACGCAGCGUCCAUUUACCCUUGGCUUCCUCCUUGAGUGCAGCCCUUGCAUAUCACUCUUCUACUGUAGUUAAUGAUACUAAAUCCCUUGACAACCAGUUUUUCUUCUCACGAGGUGCUUCGUUUUUCCCUUUGACCAUAAACAUACUUCUCUGACCUAGUCAUGGCGACGGACGCUGAGAAAUGGAAGCAGCUUCCUCAGGAUCACUUGGCUCGCUCGACCAAGGUACCUUGGUACCUCCCGAGCUUUGAACAUAAACUCAAAACACCUUUUCGAAAACUUCUCGAGGAGUGGAGCAAUAUCUCACCAGACAACGUUGUUCCUCACGUCUAUCGAAUUCGUGAAGAAGCAUGGCAAGUCUUCCCUUGGCCAUGUAUUGGAGAGUUUUGGUUCAUCGAGCAAGGUCUUCGCCGCCAUCCAGACUACUCUCAAAUACUUAACCGAAUCAUCUCCGCUCCGAAUUCUAGGUUUCUCGACCUCGGAACAUGCCUCGGCCAAGAUGUUCGCACAUUGGCUCACAAUGGCGCGUCGCUGUCUAGCCUGUAUGGCGCAGACGUACUUCCAGGUUUCAGAGAUGCCGGGUACUCCCUCUUCAAUGACAGCGACCGUCUCGACACAUCUCACUUCGUUACUGGUGAUAUCUUCUCUGAUGUUGACGAUCUCGCAAAGACGCGAGGAACGUGGGAUAUCAUUCACGUCGCCAUGUUCCUGCACGUUUUCUCGCUUCCCGACCAAGAAGCUGCAAGCAGGAACACUUUGAAGCUGCUCAAACCCACGCCGGGGUCAACGGUCAUAGGGACACAGACAGGCUCACUGGAUUCGGGGGAUUUCGUGCUAAAGCCACCGCUUUGUGAGCCAGGAGAACACAGAGUGAUUUACCGGCAAUCCAAGGAUACUUUGAAGAACCUAUUUGAAAUGGCUGCGAAAACGAUUGGUCUGAGUGUGAAUGUCUGGACUGAGUACGAUGAGAAUGAGGCGAGGAAAAGGGCGGAGGGAAGGAAAGAGAAAGGCGAGGAAUGGGAAAAGAAGGGGAGGUUUUUCGCUGGCAACAAAGAACGCAGGAUCUUUUUUCGAGUCGAAAUCAUCUGAG